AUGUCGAUGUCGUCGUCGACCGGUUUCCAGUCGUCCGCGUCCACGACGGGCGCCGGCGGCCGCCGCAAGAAGUCCGCGUUUACGUUCAAGCACCUCGCGCAGCUCGGCGCGUCCGCGCCCGGCAGCCCCUUGCGCGUGAUCGCUCACAUCGACCUCGAUGCCUUCUACGCGCAGUGCGAGAUGGUGCGACUGGGCGUGCCGACGGACCGCCCGCUCGCCGUCCAGCAGUGGCAGGGCCUCAUCGCGAUCAACUACCCCGCGCGCGCGUUUGGCCUGAACCGCCAUAUCACGAGCACGGAGGCGCUGAAGCUGUGCCCGGAUCUGAUUCUGCAGCAUGUAGCGACGUGGAAGGAGGGCGAUGAGAACUGGGCGUACCAUGAGGACGCGUUCAAGAACAUGGCUACCCACAAGGUCUCUCUGGAUCCGUACCGUCUGGAGUCUAGGAAGAUCUUGGCCGUAAUCAAGGAGUCCCUACCGAAAGAGUUCCAGAAGGUGGAAAAGGCGAGCAUUGAUGAGGUGUUCAUUGACCUGUCAGCGCAGAUACAUGCCGUAAUGCUGGAACGCUAUCCGGAACUACAGGGCCCGCCGCCGUAUGAUGAUCUUUCUGAGAAUCUGCCACCACCACCUACGACAGCGCUCGAUUGGCAGACGGACCACCUGAUUGACCUGGACCCCAGUGAAACUGAGGAUGAUGAUCCAGACUGGGACGACAUUGCUAUCCUGGUUGGAUCCGAGAUCGUACGUGACGUCCGCGCGAAGAUAUAUGAAGUGUUGAAGUACACUUGCUCCGGCGGGAUAUCACGUAACAAGAUGCUCGCGAAGCUCGGAUCUGGAUACAAGAAGCCUAACCAGCAGACUAUCAUUCGUAACCGUGCAGUACAGCACUUCCUCAGCGAUAUAAAGUUUACCAAAAUUCGCAAUCUGGGUGGAAAACUAGGAGACGAAAUUGUCACCAUGUUUAACACGGAGCUCGUCAAGGAGCUACUGGAGGCACCCCUGGAGCAGCUGCAAAAACUAGGCGAUGACGUCGGAUUAUGGCUUUACAGCAUUAUCCGUGGAGAAGAUCACAGCGAAAUCAACCCAAGGACACAGAUCAAGAGCAUGCUGUCAGCCAAAUCAUUUCGACCACCUAUCAAUACGUUGGACCAAGCCGUCCGUUGGCUGCGUAUUUUUGCUGCUGAUAUAUUCUCGCGAUGUGUUGAAGAAGGCGUGCUGGAGCACAAGCGGAGACCCAAAACAAUCAACUUACAUCACCGAAAUGGAGCUCAAACUCGAUCGAAGUCGGCCCAAAUUCCGCAGGGCAAAACCCUGAGCGAGGUCAUCCUAUUCGACUUGGCAAAAACACUUCUUGCCCAAGUCGUCGCAGACGGACGUGCCUGGCCUUGCUCGAACCUAUCCCUCAGCGUUGGUGGAUUUGAAGAAGGGAUCACGGGGAACAAAGGCAUUGGGGGGUUCCUAGUCCGCGGAGAAGAGGCAAAGGCACUGAUUUCCAGUGACCGAGAGGUCCCGGUUAUUAAGCACGACAACGUUCAGACGGGGAACAAGAGAAGGAAGCUCGACAAUGGUGGGAUACAAAGAUUUUUCGGUGCGCGGCAAACCAGUCGCGGAGAGUCAGAGAGCGACCAGGCACAUUACAUGAGCAGGAGCAGUAGCAGAGGAGAUGCCGAUCAGCCCGAGACAGACACUCAUCCAGAAGCUCCAAGCAGGGACGAAACCGUUCCCCAAGCGGACCACGAAGACUACACUGAUCCAACAGAAGACAUCCCAUCAGACAUCCCGCCACCGUCCGCGCAGCCACAGACGCCCUCUCACCACGCCCAGGUCCGCGUCCCAGCUACUGAACAGACGCAUCGCCAACAGACACUGGACACGUACUUCUGCGAGCGCUGCAAUGCGCAGCUACCCGUCCCCGAGAAAGGCGAGCACGCAGACUGGCAUUUCGCCAAAGAUCUAGCGAAAGAGCUACGCGAGCAAGAACGCGCCAACAGCUCUUCAGCGCCCGCUGCUUCGAACGCGCCUCCCCGGACCGCGACGCCCAAAGCGACGGCCAAGGGCAGAGGCAGGCCACCCGGCAGCGCGACCAAAGGCCCGGAAAAGGGGCAGCUGAAGCUGGCAUUCGGCAAGGGGUGA